ACUUGAAAUCGUCAAGUGACUGGACGGAUCCAAGACAUCCACAUUGGUGCUUGGUCCCGAGUCUCCCGACCCAAGUCGCCAACGUCUUCUCUACAAAGACACAAACAAUGACCAAAAAGUCUUUAACUCUUAAGUUGAGAAUUUUCAUCAAUUCUCACUCCCUCCCAUUUUAUAUGAAGCAAUCAAUUACAAAAUCCAAGCAACAAUCACUAAGAAAUGUAUACAAUUCUAAUCUCAUACAAAAACUUGAUCUUUCAAAUCAUCCUUUCCCUUUCAAUCUCUCUCCUCCUCUACUUCAUCUCUCUCCCAUCACUCUUACUACAAGGUCUCAACACUUACAUUCACCCAGAUGAUGUAAACCCCAAUAAACCAACUCAAUCAUCAGGUCCAAAAGUCGCCAUUAGAAGACCUUCGGAUCAAAAUCUUAAUGGGUUUCAAUCUCUUUCCUCAAGAACAUCGUCUGAUCUCAGGAACAGGAAGAAACCCAAGGAGAAAUUCGAGUUUGAUGAGAGUAAAGCUCAGAUCUUUCGAUUGAGAUUAGGUGAUGCCCAAAUUUGUUCUCGUCUUUAUUAUGAUAGUUAUAGAAGUUGUUUCAAUUGCUUUUUUGUUGCUUUUUCUUGCUUUUUAUUGCACAAGUAUUUGAUUUUGAAUGUGGGUAAUGAUGAUGUUAAUGUUAAUGAUAGUAAUGGAAAUUCUGGGGUUUUGAAAAGUGGAUCUUUAGUUCCAAUCUUAAUUGGGGUUUUAGGGAUUUUUAGAGUUUUGAUUUCGCUUUAUCGUGUUUCCCUUGAAAGAUCUUCAUCUAAGAGGUCUGAAAGGGGGUUAGGGUUGGUGAUUGGAGUAUUGGGGUUUUUUGUAGCUCUGAUGAUUUGUGUGGGAAUGUAUCCUUGGAUAAUUGACUUUGAAUUUAGCUCAAUUGAUGGAUUUGGGAAGUUGUUUGUGGCGCUUCUUUCGGGUUUUAUCGCCGGCUUUUUGUAUUUGGGAGCUGGUAAGAAUGCUCGAGCCUUUUGGCUUGGAACGGAUCAAAUAAGGUGUAAUUUGUCUAUAACUUCAUGUGGAUGGUUUGCACAAGUUCUUUUCUAUGCCAAUUAUGUGUUGUUGGGAUUCACUGCUUUGCUUUGGAUCAACCCAUUUGCUGAAAUUCUUGUCAACAAAAACAUUGGUGAUGGUAAAGGAUCACAAGUUGGUAGUAACAAUAGUGGAAGAUUGGUUGGCAAUGUGGGUAUGGCUGAAGCCGAUUUUGCUAAGUUUAGGCUGUUGUGCUUGUUGCUGUCGGGGGUGUUGCAAGUUAUUGCAUUGCGUUGGAAUCUGCAAACGUACUUGAAUGAGGCUGUGUUAUCAUGGUACCAGAGGUUGCAUGCCAGUGUAGUUCCUGAUAUGGAAUACAGUAGGGCGAAGGUUUUCUUGCACAAUCACUUCUUGUGCCUCGCAGUUCUACAAUUUUUUGCACCCGCUGCAUUGAUGCUUCUAUCGUUGGGAUUGUCUCAGGUUGAUGAAGGGUUAUUUGAGAACUUUCAAGUGGUUUGUGGUUUGCUCCCAUGCUCGGUAUUUGUUAAAGAGGUUGCCCUCUUUUUAGCUUGGUGGGUUUCCUUUACAUGGUUUGUUUUCACCUCAGCAUACCUUGCUUUCUAUAGGCGUGGAAUUUUGUAUAUUUCAUGAUACUUUCCUUGAUUUUUCAAGGAUGGCAUAGAUUUUCUUGACCAUUUUUGGUAGGGAGAGGGUUGUCACUGUAACAAUACACGCUGGGUGUUCUUAUUAAUGAAAGUGGUUUUUUUGGAUUUCAUUAU